GGGUCAGUAUCCAGAUCUUUUUUAUGAAAUGAAAUCCAUGAAUUUAAAUCAAAUGCAGGGUAGGGUUUGGAAAACACCGAAUCUAAAAAUAGAUAUACUGUAAACUAUUGACUGGAUCACUGAGUCACACAGAUGUCAAAAGAAGACAACCACCUGUUUGUGGUCGCCAUCGACUUCGGAACUACCUAUUCUGGCUAUGCCUUUUCUGCCAGAGGUGACUUUUCUUCAGAUCCUCUUGAAAAUAUUGAAACCAACAUAUGGCAGUCAGGAAAUCUUGUGUCCCACAAAACACCAACAACUCUCUUGUUGAAGCACAGUGAACCUGAUGGUCGUCAGGAAUUUGUAGCAUUUGGAUAUGAAGCAGAAGACAUUUAUAGUCACCUUGCUGAGGGAGAAAGGGAUGGCUACUAUUAUUUUAGGCGAUUCAAAAUGGCACUUUAUGAUGAAGAUAGAACUGUGGCUCUCACAAGAGAAACAAAACUAAAGGAUAUAAAAGAUAAAGAACUGCUGUCAUUGCAUGUUUUCUCCCAUUCUAUUGAGUAUCUGAAGAAGAACUGUUUGGAGAAAUUCAAGAAACAAGACUACCAGGAAUGCAUGGAUGGCAUUUUGUGGGUUUUAACGGUGCCUGCUAUUUGGGAUGAUGCAGCCAAACAAUUUAUGAGAGAGGCAGCUAUUGAGGCAGGUUUACCCAAGGACAGAUUCAUGAUUUGCUUAGAACCAGAAGCUGCAUCUGUUUACUGCAAGUACCUCCCAAUGGAGAAGCUAGAAGAGGACUCGAACCUCCAUGCACUCCAAUCAGGCAGGAGAUUUAUUGUGGUAGAUGCUGGAGGAGGAACGAUAGAUAUGGCGGUGCAGGAAGUGACAGAUGAUAAUAAGCUUCAAGAGAUUGAUCACGUUCAGGGUGGAAAAUGGGGUGGGAUUUAUGUUGAUGAAGAGUUCAAGAAGUUAGUCGAACACAUCAUAGGGAAACCUCUGCUUGAGGGCUAUCGUUUAAGUAACACUGGUGAUUAUAUAGAACUGUUUCGGUUUUUUGAAAUGAAAAAGAGGCAAACACAGAGCAGUACAGUGCGUUUAUCGUUCCCACCAUCCUUAUUACAAUUCGUUCAAGAAGUCAGUAACAUUACUAUCAGCGAGGCCACCAAACAAUCCGAAUGCAAUCAGGACAUUACCUGGAGGCGGGAAAAAAUGCAGAUGCCUCUGAGAAAAUUUCAAGAACUGUUUGACAAUGUUACCCAGCAAAUUGCUCAACAAGUUGAAAAGAUAAUCAGUUCAGAGUGCAACAGGGGGACAGAUCUCAUUUUAUUGGUUGGUGGCUUCUCGGAAUCUGAAGUGCUGCAAAAAAGGAUAAAAGAAAGUUUUCCCAAUUGCAAAGUUGUGACACCCCCUGAAGCAGGCUUGUCCAUUCUGAGAGGAGCUGUCCUGUAUGGUCACGAUCCAAGUAUCAUCAAAGCAAGAGCAGCUAAAUACACAUAUGGAGUGAAGGUUAAAGAGCUGUUUGAUGCUAAAAAACAUCUAAUGUCGAAAAAGGAAAUCGUUCAUGGAAAGUUGUACUGUAGGGAUGUUUUUAGCUUACACAUUAAGAAAGGCAGUGUCAUUAGCAUUCAUCAACCCCCUGUCAAGAAAUCGUAUGUUCCACUUUACCCAGAACAAUCGGCUGCAGCUAUUAAAGUGUUUGCGUCAAAAGGAAAGCCUCCUCAAUAUACUGAUGAAAAAGACUGUGAAUAUCUAGGUGUUCUAAAUAUCAAGAUGCCAAACACUGAGAAGGGGCUUGAUCGAGAAGUUAGUGCAUGCUUGAAAUUUGGAGGCACGGAAUUGACUAUAGAAGGAAUCGAUGAAACAUCAGGAGAGAAAGUGGAAGCCCAACUGGACUUCCUCGCUGGAGGACCAUAAAGAUUUUAUAACACAAAAUGGUGAUAUGAUAUUCACUGUAUUAUUGCCCCCAGAACAUUUCUUUGCAUCAUCAUUUUAACUACGUAAUAUUUAUAUCUUUUUAUUGAUUAUCAUAUAUAUUUAUUUUGUGUUUGCUCUUUUACAACAGUACAGCAUUCAUUUUUAGUGAUACAAACUUAUAAUAUACAUGCAUAUUGGAAAAUAUCUAUGGAGAUUUUUAACCAAAUAAAUUUUCAAAAUGUG